GUGCAAGACUGUCUUACUGGAAAAACACACACAGUGGAUGUAAAUGUGUUGGCGGCCACGACUGGUGACCGCAGGGAUGACAAAACAUUUGUGACAACCAGGAUUCCAAAAGAGGCAAUAAUGGUUCUGCUGGAUACCAGUUCUUCAAUGAAUGGAAAAUGUUAUGGAAGUGCAGAAAUAAAGAAAAUCCAUGCCGUGAAAGAGCUCUUUGACAAUUUUGCUAACAGAACCAUGGCUUAUGAUUUCCAUCACGUCAUUGGCCUUGUGAAGUUUGACUCUUCUGUCGAAACUCUUCACACAUUUACAGAAAAUCUGGAAAAUUUCAAGGUGCACUUGCGGAACAUUAAGACAAAGACAGGAACCAGGCUUUUUGACGCACUACAACAUGGAGCCUGUGAGCUUGAAAAAGUGAAAAUGAAGUUCCCAGAUUGCAGACUUCGCAUCAUGUGUCUCACCGAUGGAUAUGACGCCGGAUCUUCAACAAAGCCAGUUGAUGCUACAGUCAAACUGCUCCAACUGAACAUCACUGUAGAUUCAGUCCUUCUUCGAAAAUCAGGGAACAUCAAGCUGCAUGGAAUCAGUAUUGCAACUGGAGGUUGCUGUUUCAAACCAGAGACGGCCAAAGAUGGUUUGAAGCUCUUUGAAAUUGAGACAGUUCUGUCUCUGGAGCAGAGGAAACCCAAGAAAAAACUUGACUCUUCUUCCAUCUCUGAGUCCAUGUUAAAAGGCCUCUUUGCUACUCAUGGGUAUGAUGAAUAUCCAGAAACAUCCUUGCCAAGCCAGUUACACGGAAAAGUGACCAUGACAGAAAGUGCCCUCAAAAAGAAGAUUCAGGAAUCAAAAGAUGGGAAAUUCAUGGAAAAGGAUAAACGUAUCCUGGAGGAGCUCAAGAGUCUGCACUGUGACCCACAUCCCUUCUUUAGGGUCUUUCCAUCGGAGUCAGACUUCACAUUCUGGAAGAUUGUGAUGCAGGGCCCACCUGAAACCCCAUAUGAGAAGGGCGUGUUUGAGCUGUACUGCCAGUUUGGUCCUGACUAUCCUGUGAAGCCUCCACUCCUUCGCUUUGUCACACGUGUUUAUCACUGCAACGUCAACAACGUGGGCCGAAUCUGCCACAAUAUAUUUGACCGCAAUUACAAUGCCCAUAUUACCAUGAAGGAGAUCUUUGACGCUGUGUAUGGACUUCUCAUCAUCCCUGAACCAGAAGACCCGCUGGACAGCGUUUUGGCUGAAGAAUUCAUGACAAACCGUGAUGAGUAUGAGCAAGAAGCCAAGAAACAAACAGGAGAGCAUGCUGGGAAGUCACUGGAUGAUGUUGAGAAGAAAUUGGCACUUCCAGUGCCACAGUUCAUACCCCAGCACCUGAUCUGUCCUCUCACCAAGAAGAUGUUUGUUGAUCCUGUGAAAACAAAAUACGGCUCCGUGUACGAGCGCAAGGCCAUCGAGGAACAUCUCAAACAGCACCAGUACGAUCCGGUGGCUGGUCCGGGGCAUAAGCUUAAAAUGAAAGACUUGCUUUCAGAUCGGAACAUGAAGAGAAUGGUGAAGGAUCAUCGAUCCCAACAGCUUCGUUGAAUCCGUGGAGAAAAGCUUUCAUUUGCAACUUCCACCGCUGAGACACAUACAUAUUGAUUUUUAACUUGUUGGUUGCAGCCUGUUUGGUUAAAUUUACGUUCACUCAUCGGGUUUGAAUCUCAAAUUAGUCCUGUAAAUUCUUGGAAGUGCCUUCAAAUGUAACUUUGAAAGGGAAAUUGUUGAUUAAGUCUGAGAAAUAUAGUUGUUUGUCUCCUGUUGAAGGAACUGAGCAUGUACAACUGAUGCUUUCUUGAUUUUUGCUCAGAUC